AUGCCAUUUUCAAAAAAUCAUAUCUCUGGACCGGAAAAAGAUAUUUCUAAGCGGUUUUGUGGCAUAUACUCACAAAAAUAUGCUUUAUCAAAUGGGUUUGUUAGAUUUUUUCCGAAAAUUUUUUCCGAGGCUGUGGGAUUUGGUAUAUCCGGCAGAUCCGGAUUAUCUCGGCCAAUUUUCAUUUUCAUGAAAAAUGCAGAAACAUGUCAACUGAGAUAUAAAUAG